GGGCCGGCGGGCGGGGCGGGGCGCGCAGUGGCCCGGCCUGUCGGAGCUCGGCGGCGGCAGUAGCGGCGAGGCGCUUCCACCGGCCCGGGGAGCGGCACCAUGAGCGGAAAAAGCAUUAAGAAUGAAAGCCUUCUUUUGGAAAGAUUGUAAUUGAGGCAGAAAAAGUGGUUGCUGAGGAUGGCGGGGGAAGUCCAAGGAUCACAGAACAAUGACAUGAAAAGACAAUUUCUGCUAGAGCGACUGCUGGAUGCUGUGAAACAGUGCCAGAUCCGCUUCGGAGGGAGAAAGGAAAUCGCCUCGGAUUCCGAUAGCAGGGUGACCUGUCUGUGUGCCCAGUUUGAGGCCGUCCUGCAGCAUGGCUUGAAGAGGAGUCGCGGAUUAGCACUAACAGCAGCUGCGAUCAAACAGGCAGCCGGCUUCUCCAGCAAAACGGAAACAGGAAGUAGCUCUUUUACAGUCUUCAGAGAUGCUCAGGGAACAUUAAUAAAGGUGAUGUGCACCCAGGCAAAGUGCCACAGCGCCUGUCCCGCUGUCUCCCCAGAGCCCGUGUUCUGGUUCUACGUGAAGGAGGUCCUCAGCAAGCACGAGCUCCAGCGCUUCUACGCCCUGCGCUACAUCACCUCGGACGUGGGCCGCGGCCGGGCCUGGCUGCGCUGCGCCCUCAACGAACACUCGCUGGAGCGCUACCUGCACAUGCUCCUGGCCGACCGCAGCAGGCUCAGCACUUUUUAUGAAGACUGGUCUUUUGUGAUGGACGAAGAAAGGUCUAGCAUGCUUCCUACCAUGGCAGCUGGUCUGAACUCCAUACUCUUCGCGAUCAACAUUGACAACAAGGAUUUAAAUGGGCAGAGCAAGUUUGCUCCUACUGUCUCGGACCUCUUAAAGGAGUCAACGCAGAACGUGACUUCCUUGCUGAAAGAGUCCACGCAAGGAGUGAGCAGCCUUUUCCGGGAGAUCACGGCGUCCUCUGCUGUCUCCAUCCUCAUCAAGCCUGAGCAGGAGACCGACCCCCUGCCCGUCAUGUCCAAGCAUGUCAGUGCAGAUGCCAAAUGUAAAAAGGAACGGAAGAAGAAAAAGAAGGUGACUAAUAUUAUCUCAUUUGAUGAUGAAGAAGAUGAGCAGACCUCUGGUGAUGUGUUUAGAAAGAUACCUGGGACUGGGGAGAGCUCAGAGGAGAACUCCGAUCGCUCCUCCGUCAAUAUCAUGGCCUUUGAAAGCCCCUUUGGACCUAAUUCCAAUGGAAGCCAGAGCAGCAACUCAUGGAAAAUUGAUUCUUUGUCUUUGAAUGGAGAGUUUGGGUACCAGAAGCUUGAUGUGAAAAGCAUUGACGAUGAAGUGGAUGAAAAUGAGGAUGACAUGUACACGUCGGGAAGGAAGCAUACGGGCCACUCAGAGUCGCCUGAGAAGCCACUGGAUGGGAACACCUGCCUCUCCCAGAUGCACAGCUGGGCUCCGCUGCAGGUGCUGCACGGCGACACCGAUGUCCUCUUUCCGGUCAGCAGCGUGGGCUCCUUCAGCCCUGCAGAUGCCCCCCUCGGAAGCCUGGAGAACGGGACAGGACCCAAGGACCAUGCUCUCCCAGAGCCUGGACCUCGGUACAGCGUGGAAGCCAGUCCUCCAGGCCAAGGAAGUCCUCUGAGCAGCCUGUUACCUUCCGCCUCAGUGCCCGAGUCGAUGACAAUUAGUGAACUGCGCCAAGCCAUCGUGGCCAUGAUGAACCGGAAGGAUGAGCUGGAAGAAGAGAACAGAUCACUGCGAAGCCUGCUGGAUGGUGAGAUGGAGCACUCGGCUGUCCUCCGGCAAGAGGUCGACACCUUGAAGAAGAAGGUGUCUGAGCAGGAGGAGCGGCACAUCAUGAAGAUCCAGGCCUUGGCAAGGGAAAAUGAGGUGCUCAAAGUCCAGCUGAAGAAGUAUGUAGGAGCUGUCCAGAUGCUGAAAAGAGAAGGUCAAACAGCUGAAGUGGUACCCAACCUUUGGAAUGUCGAUGGAGAAGUCACUGUUGCCGAGCAGAGGCCGGGAGAAGUUGCUGAGGAUCUAGCGAGCUCCUAUGAAAGGAAGCUCAUCGAGGUGGCGGAGAUGCACGGAGAGCUGAUCGAGUUCAACGAGCGCCUGCACCGGGCCCUGGUGGCCAAGGAAGCCCUCGUGUCCCAGAUGAGGCAGGAGCUCAUCGACCUCCGGGGGCCGGUGCCUGGAGAUCUGAGUCAAACAUCCGAAGAUCAAAGUUUGUCGGAUUUCGAAAUAUCAAACCGGGCGCUGAUCAACGUCUGGAUCCCAUCCGUGUUUCUCCGGGGCAAAGCAGCGAAUGCAUUCCACGUAUAUCAGGUCUACAUCCGGAUAAAAGAUGAUGAGUGGAAUGUCUACCGGCGGUACACGGAGUUCCGGAGUCUGCACCACAAGUUACAGAGCAAAUACCCGCAAGUGAGAGCCUACAACUUCCCACCCAAAAAGGCCAUUGGAAACAAGGACGCCAAGUUCGUAGAGGAGCGGAGGAAGCAGCUGCAGAGCUACCUGCGCAGCGUCAUGAACAAAGUCAUCCAGGCCGUCCCCGAGUUUGCCGCCAGCCCCAAGAAGGAGACCCUGGUUCAGCUGAUGCCCUUCUUCGUAGACGCCGCCCCGCCCGGGGAGCCGCUGAGCAAGAGCAGCCGGCCCAGGGCGGCCUCCCGCUUCCCCAAGCUGUCCCGCAGCCAGCCCAGGGAGACGCGCAACGUGGAGCCCCAGAGCGGUGACCUCUGACCUCCGUGGACGCCCAGGCUCAGCUUCCGUGCUGCGCUGCUGCCUCCCGGCCUCCUGCCCCAGUCCGGCCACGGCAGCCGGACCUGCCACCUGGAGUGACGGCCACACGCACCGGUGACCUGAGAGCACACCUUCCCACCGGCCGCACGGCACCGAUUAAACUGGUCAGACGUGGACACGUGGGCACUCUCCCCGGUCUGCCCAGCAGCCAGGCCUCCUUUCCUCCCUUCAGGGGCCGGCGGACGGGCCAGGCGGGCUUGGAGCCCCGGUUCCCUCAGAAGCUGCCUCUGGCUUUUCCUGCCGGGAGCAGUAAUGACUGUUACUCCUCUUUUUCUAACUGCCUGCUGCCGCCUAUGGCCAGUGGGCGGGUUCCUUUCCAUUUCACUCUCCCCAGUAGCUGUUGGACUGACCCCUUGUCAGCGCCCCAUGGCCAGCCUCCGCUCUGCGGCCUCUCCCACAGGGACCCCGGGCCUGCAUGCGAAGGAGCCCGUGGGUAACGCUGAACUGUGGCUCCCAGGGCCUGGCUGCUGGGAGGAGCGGGCCCAGGAGACCCAAGGGCCUGAUCCACAGGCACCUUCUCAGGUUCGGGGGACCUCACCCACCCAGCCAGCCAGCCAUCGGUGGCAACCUGGUGCCCCCACGGUGGAGAUACCAAGGCUGCCCGGUGAGAGACGCGGUUCUGCAGAGGCUCUGAGGCCCUCGGCCUACAGACCUGGCCCCAUGGCUCGUGUGAACUGGGACACGUGUCCACCUGGAACAGAUCAUGGUCAUUCCCUAAGACAGACUCGAGGGCACUCUCUGCCGCCACGUGCUCGCAGGGGAGCAGGACCCUGUGCCCCUGGACGGAUAAAGGGGAGAGCGUGGCCUCACCCAGCUUCCCCCUCAGACCUCCAGGGCCAGGGCGCCAGCUGCACAUAGCCAUGGACGUGCCUCUCCCCUGGGCACGGGCACUGGGAUGUGGAGGCCGCAUUUCUGGGAGACACUAGGAAGCAGAGGUGAGGCUGUGACAGUGCACGGGGAUGAGGGAAACCGGGGACGGAUCAUAGGGAACCGGAUGACGACGUGUGAAGGACGGCAGUGGAGCUAACCACCUCCGUGUCCCAGAGCCCUCAGCUCCACCCAGACCUCGGCCCAGGUGGGCUGUCCCGGAGGAAACCCUGUGCAGGCAUUCCGGGCGCCACCAUGGACUGGAGAGCCACCUCCUAUGGCAGCCCUGCACAGCCACAGGCCUGAAUCCCUUCUGAGGGGACAGCCAGCUGGGCCGAGGGCCUGCUGUUCUCGGGCUGCGGCAGAGUGAGUGGCAGGGACCCUGUGGUCAGCUCGGGAUGAGAGGACCCGAGAGAUGCUGUGUCCAGAGAGUCAGCAUCUCCUUCGUUUCAACUCCCAGCCCCACUGCGCCCUGGCCAAAAUGGGCAGGAUGCCUCGCUCCCUCUGCCCCGCACCCCACUGUCUGCUCCACCUCCGUCCUCGUGACGCAGCCAAGAGACCGUCCAGCACUGCUGUCCGGACAGCGGGGCCUGCUCCCGACGCCUCUCCUCCCGGUCGUGUUAGAUACAGAAUGGAGCGCCCACCUCAGCGGCCUUUGCCAGCGCCUGCCCCGAAACAUGUCCAGUGUGAACCUCCAGGAGCCCCUCAGCCUGUAUUCACACAGGAGGAACCUGCCUCCCAUCUUCCGAAGCGGAAUCAUUCGUGGAAAACGCGCCCCGCUCCCCCACUGGUUGUAAAAGCACAUUCCUGGGGCUGCGCAGAACUUGCUCUUUGCACCCUGUUUCGUGAUCAUGCAGAAACCCUGAAAUCACCUUUCACGUACAGACCACCCCUAGUUUUAGCUCAGAUAUGCAUGUGACAUGCGCAUCACAGCAACUCCUCAAAGCCUUAACUUUGGAAACAUGGAAUGUUCUGCAGUGAUUCAGUCCAUUCGGCUGCUCAACAGACCCUGGCCCUGCUGUGCAUGUGGGAGGAGCGGCUUCCUGUUCCCAGAGCAGGACAGACCCUGGGCCCAGCCAGGUGCACAGAUGCCUUCCCCUCGGGACUUCUGCCCUUCAACCUGGGUCCAGUCCUGAGGGCCGGCCGCCGGCCUCCCUGCGCACCCCUCACCCCAUGAUCAUCACGGAAAGGACAGCCUGCAGUGGGCUCAGCCUGGCGGCUCCCACUUAGCAUCCAUGCCCGGCACAUGGCUCCCAUGAGGAGCAGGCAGCCCCUUGCAGCGCACCGAGCCACAGUGAGAAUGGCCCAGCGUUUGUCCAGUUGGGCCCUGGGGGAGGAGGUGGAUCUCCUUUAAUACCCAACAGCUGGGCACAUUGGGGUCACCCAGUUACAAAAGGGGUUACCCGAUUGAGUAGUGAAGACAAGAUGUCAUCGUGUGAAACCUAGCAGGAGGUGCUAACAGCGAGAGCAGGGGAUGUGGGCGUGACCUAAUCACUGCACUCAGCUCUGCCCGGCUGGGAGCUUAUUAAGACGAGUCCUUCAUAACCACUGGAACUUACCAAGGAGGCAGGUUGUGUGUUGUGCCUGUAACACAACAGAGGCAAUCAACACUGUUCACAUCAUAGGAUCGAUAACACCAUUGUCACCGAUGUGAGAGGACACAGGACACAGGCGCACUGCCUGCCCACCCACCAGCCAGGUGACGAGAUGAAGCACUGCCUGCUUCCCAGCACCGGCUGUGGCUGGCCAGCUGGUGGCCUCCUUUCUCUCUUGGUAUCACAUGAGGAAGUUUGCCCACCUGAACACCGGGCCACAGUUCCCAGCCUCAGCCCACCCCACCUGCUUGUGAGAGCAGCCCAGAGGUGCCCGCUGCCCCUCACCUGGGGUCAGGCCUAUUCUCUGGGUCCCAGCAGGGCUUGCUAACCAGUCCCUCUUCCUUCCUUCUGGCUCCUCUGCACCAGCCCAGCGUCCUCACCUUGGCAGCGUAUAACUGACGGUAAAGAACAGGCUGGCUUUCAGCCUCGCCCUGAGGAUGGGCGGGCCCCACCUGCCUGAGAAGGGCCCUGCCAGGGCCCCGCCUGCCAGCACAGCCCAGCGAAGGCGUAUCCUGGGUGGGCACCCCUCCUGUCCGGACCUCUCCCUGGCGGUUCCUUUGGGACGUAGUGCGCACUAGAUGGCUCCCCAGCCUGCAGGCCGGGCCUGGCAGAGGCCUUCCCCGGGCAGCGUCUGCUUCUGAGCAAGGGGUUCGCAGCGAUCAUGUUUCAAAUUUUGUGCAUUGUUUCAUUAAAGCUAACAUUAAAUAUUUGCUGUUCGGAUUAGCUUCUGUGCUAUUUUUGCACAAUUGUAGCACUGUAUAUUUUAUCUCAGAUUUCUGUGCCAAAAGUUCGUUUUCAUGUCUCUGUAGCACGCGGUCUUGAUUAUGUUUCUAAGCUAAAACGUCAGCUCCGGGAUUGACAGGCAUGAGGGUGGAGGCCGACCAGCCCGAGCUCUGGAACCCCCUGCUCAGCCCGCAGUCCUUCUGCUUCCGCCAGGACAGUGCCAGUGAACUCUCCCGACUUCAGUCACAGAGCCCCAAGGCCAUGCGGAGUGGCUUCCCACUGACCCAGUCAGCUUCUUCAGGAAAAAACCUGAUUUCUUUAAACGGUGCCUGGACAACCAUCCACGGUAGAGCAUGCUGGAGUUGUCAGCAUUUCGAUGUCCAGGGGUCAGUUCUACAGCCCGUGAACAUGUUUCCAUGGAAACUGGAAAGCCACUAGCUGACCUGUCCAGGCUGCCACCUGCCCACGAGUCUGCUCAGGCCACCUCUGGCCACGUGAGCUGUGGAGGGAGAGGCCACGUUCACCCAGAGACCAGACAGGAGGUGCCACUGCAGAGACGGGGCUGGGACGCGGGAGGAGAGCAGAGUGCUGACCACUCGGACAUGAGCCCGGGGACCCGGCUUUCCGGGGGUGAGGGGCGGAGCUGACUAGGGCUUCUGUUCUCUGGAUUCAUCCUGACCAUCUUCACCUCUGCAGCCUUCGCUCCACCCCCUGCACAGCUGCUCAGUAAGCACUGCUUGACUCAUCAGAUACUGACUUCAGGGAGGAGGGGCUGUGGGUCAGGAGCCACGUCCACCGUGGGAGGCCUCAGCCUGGCGGAGUCCCCUUGGCUGGGCCCCCGGAUGGUGGUCAGGGAUAACGUGGCCACGAUGUGGAGUCUGGGCCACGGUCUGUGCCCCAGGCCUGGACGUGGGCCGGGUCGCGCUGAAACGUGUAGUAUUAUCGUAACUACCCUGUUAUGUUAAGGUUUACAUGAUAGAAUUUUUAAACAAAUGUGUUUAAUUUUCUAAAAUCUCUUGUAUUACCAUUUUCUUUUGGAAUAAGCUGUGGAAAUUUUGUUACAAUCUGGAGGAGAUCCAGCUCUUUACAAUGGCAAAUAAAAACGGUGACAUUUUAUACAUUAA